CAUUUCUCCGCAGCUCGGCUCGCGGCCGCGCCCGCCCGGCCCGCGCCCAUGCAGGCCAUCAAGUGCGUGGUGGUCGGCGACGGCGCCGUGGGGAAGACCUGCCUGCUCAUCAGCUACACGACCAACGCCUUCCCGGGAGAGUACAUCCCCACCGUUUUCGACAACUACUCCGCCAAUGUGAUGGUGGACGGGAAGCCCGUCAACCUGGGGCUAUGGGACACUGCCGGGCAGGAGGACUACGACCGGCUGAGGCCACUGUCCUAUCCCCAAACUGAUGUCUUUCUGAUCUGUUUCUCUCUGGUGAGCCCCGCGUCCUUUGAGAAUGUCCGAGCUAAGUGGUAUCCAGAAGUGCGACACCACUGCCCCCACACGCCCAUCCUCCUGGUGGGCACCAAGCUGGACCUCCGUGAUGACAAGGACACCAUCGAGCGUCUGCGGGACAAGAAGCUGGCACCGAUCACCUACCCCCAGGGCCUGGCCAUGGCCCGCGAGAUCGGCUCUGUCAAGUACCUGGAGUGCUCAGCCCUCACUCAGCGGGGCCUGAAGACGGUCUUUGACGAGGCCAUCCGGGCUGUGCUCUGCCCGCCGCCUGUCAAAAAGCCGGGGAAGAAGUGCACGGUCUUCUAGAGGCUGCUUCAGGAGGGGCAGCCCCGCCCGGCCCCCGUUUGCUGUCGUGUUGACCUGUCUGGUGUCCUUGAGUCUGCUGUGGGGGAAGUGGCGUGGGUGGGGAGGGGGAAGAAGCAUGGGGACGAGGCCACCGCUCCUGGGGACAGGGCUGGGGCAGUGGGGUCCUGUCUGCUCUGUCUCCUCUCUCUGGGGUUACAGCUCUAGCUGUACCUGGACCCCACGGGAGGCUGGAAGGGAGCAGGGUCUCCCUCAGGCUGCAGGGGCGGGUCCAGGGCAGCCCCAGGAUGGGCUUCCUGGUGGGGGGAGGUGGGGGGGUGGGUCCUGUUCAUGCACCCCAGGAUCGGGUGGCCCUUACUUCUUUUAUACAAUAAACGUUCUCCACCAUC